GUCCGCCCGCAGCAGUCUCCUUCCCGGCGAGGUUUCACUACAGAGAUGGCUGCGAAAGUGUGCAGAUCAGUACUCCUGUUGUCCCGGAGCAGCGGAGCGGUGGCCGGCAGCUUCCCCGCACUUGUGUCUUCACAGCGACAUCAGCAGCACAUAAGACCGCAGGAGGUACUGCCUGCUCCUUUCACCCGCCAGACCAUCAGGAGAGCACAUGGCCCACGGUCAGCAGCCCACUCCACACUGUUCACUCAGCCUACCACUGCCCUGUCUCCACAGGUUUGGAGAGGUGCCCCCUCAUGGCAUGGCCAGAGACUGUUGUGUUCCUCCGCUGCUCCAGAAGAGGUGACAGUGGUGUAUCAGAAUGGGCUGCCUGUGAUCUCUGUCAGUUUGCCAUCCAGGCGAGAGCGAUGUCAGUUCACCCUCAAGCCUCUCAGUGAUUGUGUAGGAGUUUUCCUGCAGCAGCUUCAGGCAGAGGACAGAGGCAUUGACCGGGUAGCCAUCUACUCCAUGGAUGGAGCCAGGGUUGCUUCCUCCACAGGCAUAGACAUCCUGCUGCUAGAUGAUUUUAAGCUGGUCAUUAAUGACACCACACACCUUGUGCGGCCACCAAGAAGAGAGAUGCUGCCCCACGACGAGGCCGAUAGGUUGAAUGAUGUCAAAUUUUUAGUGCAGCAGCUCUACACCACACUGCGCAUCGAGGAGCACCAACUCAGCAAAGAACGUGAGCUGAUUCAGCGACUGGAGGAUCUCAACUCCCAACUCCGUCCCUUAGAAAAGGUGAAGGAAGAGCUGAGUAAGAAGGCAGAAAGGCGCACCACCUGGGUGCUGUGGGGAGGCAUGGCUUACAUGGCCACCCAGUUUGGCAUCCUAGCCAGGCUGACCUGGUGGGAAUACUCCUGGGAUAUCAUGGAACCAGUCACCUACUUCAUCACCUAUGGCACUGCAAUGGCCAUGUAUGCCUACUUCGUCCUUACACGCCAGGAGUAUGUUUAUCCAGAUGCGAGAGACAGGCAGUAUCUGCUGUUCCUCCACAAGGGGGUGAAAAGGACACGCUUCGAUGUUGAGAAGUACAACAAGCUUAAGGAUGACAUUGCUGAGGUGGAGUUGGAUCUGAAGCGUCUACGGGAUCCCCUCCAGCUCCAGCUCCCAGUUCAGCAGCUCACCGCCACAAAAAAUUGAUGUGAAGAGUGACUCCCUCCUCCUCUCAGCUCAAACAACAUCCCCUGUCCCCCUCUUCCCUUCUGCCGUCCAACACCCAUCUCCCUUUCCUUUUGCCCCCAGCUAUUUCCCCAGACUCCUUCGUCCCUGCCAUUCUUCCCAUCCCUUUCUUGAUGACAGUGGGGGUUACUUUGUUUUUCUUUUUUUUUUUUUUUGGGGG